UUACCUGUCUCCACAUGGAUCAAUUCAAAAUACCUCAGGCAGAUUGACCCAUCCAAAUUUUUUGCUGGAAAACGAGGCAAUUUGGUACAAUUGUCUCAAAACGAGACAAUUGUGUCAAAUUGAUCCGUUACAAUUCCUCAUCCAAACGACUUCGUACCAGAGGCAAGUUAGCAGCUAACCAUAUUUGGCGUAACCAAAAAUUGUAAGACCAUACCAAAGUCCAGAUGGUCACACUUUAUGCUGUUUGCUUGCACACAAACACCCCAUGUUUUCAAUGCUAUGACAAAUUGACAAGCUAUGUCAUCCUUAGUUAUGCUAAGAAACAUUGGUUAUUUGUUUCAUUUGGUCAAACACAAUAGCAGAAUUAUUUCCCCACUAAAUAAUUAUAUUACUUUAACCAUGAAGUUUACAAGUGGUCCACCAAGAGCAAUGCUGAUCCAACUAAUCAUCAAAUGGGAUUAGCUCAGGUGAUGAGAAGUAGUGUUGACAAGGUGUAAUGUUGUGACUUGUGUUAUAUUAUCACAUUACAAUUGUGAAACAUCCUUGUCCUUGGUCACUAAGAGAAUUGUAUAUGAUAGGGGACCCUUGGUUUGGUCUGUUGAGUUCGUUUUGUGGAUUACGGAAGAACAAUACUAAUCUAAUCAACAAUUAAGAUCGAACUUUAGAUGAUAAAGCACGAGAUCGACACAAUGUAUUCUUGUAUUCUAUUAUUACAAUUCACAAUUCUAAAAAAUACAAUAUUUUAUUUAUUUAUGGUCACCAACAACACUGUAUACUUGAAUCGUCCGUUUGCGUAUGGUACAUAAGACCAAAGAACGAGAUAUCAUAUUAAUAACCAUUAGCAAUCUCGAAUGCAUACGGCCCAUUCUCUUUAUCUCAAAGCCCAAUGAAACUCAAUCUUGUAUUCUAAAUGGUGGGCGCGAAAGAACAAACAGGGUAUGGAAUUGGAUGAGGAGAAAAAAGGGUAAUUUGGGUGUGACCGCAAGGUUCCAAAAAGAGGGGAGAAAAGAGAACACAAACGAUAGAACAAAAGGAAAAGGACCGAAAAGAAAAGAAAAGAAAAGGAGGAAAAAAGAACAAAGGAAACGUAUAAGGUCAUGUUACACCAGAGGUGCAAAAGAAAAGGGCCAAGCAAAGGAAGAAGAGCUCCCUCCAUUGGAAUCUCUAUGUGAAGGUUUUUUUGGAGGGGAAGAAAGAGUACUUUGAAAUACGCUCUCUCUUUCUCUCUCGAAAGAUAUGCAAAGUCAGAAGUUUAAGGGGUUCUUUUCGCAAAGAGCAAAGCCAUUUAGCUUGGGGCACGCAUGUCCAUUGUUUGCCCUUUGGCUUAAUAAGCUUUGCUCUGCUUUGGUUUUGCCUUUGGCUUUGGCUUUAACAGAGUCCAAACUUCCUUUACUAAAUGACAAAAGUUUUGUGCUCGGGCAUCUGGCUAAGGUCCAAGUAGGCCGUCUUUGUUCAAAGGGAAAAACAAAGGUUUGACUUGUACAGCGCAGAUGGGGGCCAAUGGCAUCUCUGCUCUUGAAAGGGAUUAAAGGGAGAGGACACGUUUAGAGGAAGCAUAUUAUGCCUUUUAACUUUGACUAAUUAGGGCUUGUUUGGACGUGGUAUUCAGGCAAGGGUUGUGCCUUGAGAAUAAGGAGGGGCUAAUACGAGAAAUCGUACCGUGCCUUGACUUGCUGAGAGAAAUUUAAAAACAAAACUAGAAACUAAAAGUAUUGUAUUGCGCGCAUCUUCUCAAAUGAAGAUUGACUCGUGAAGUUGACAUUUUGUACGAAAUUAUCGUGUAAAAUAUUUUAAUCAAAAGGUAUCACAACUAGUUUGACAAAGUGGCCGUGUAUUCGAAUUUUUACAAUCCCAAAUAUUAUAAGGUUAUUAGUACACAAGGUAUUGUGGACAUAUGCAAAUUUCAAACCCGUGAGCUUGCUUUCUUUCGAACGAUAUAAGACCUGUAAUUAUUCUUCUUGCAAGAAGUCGAGUAAUUGUAACCACUUCAUCACAAUGAUACCCAAAAACUAAUCAGUUUCCCUCUCACUUUAUCUCUUAACCAAAUGAGCCCUGACUUUUUUGAUUCCUAGGAAUGCGCUUUUGCCUGAUUUUGAGGUUUAAGUAUUAACAAUGGGCCGUCCCUUAAUCCUUAUCUGACUGGCUGACUGCUAUGCAUUAUAAAAAUACAGAUGGGUUAUGGAGGGCAUACAGUAGGAAAAACCUAAAACUCCAGACUAUGGAAAUGAAUAUAUUUAUGGGUUUUGUGGCCCUAGGCAAAGGCAAGGCAGCUCCUCUCUGCCCUAAGUUAAAACUUUCCAUGAAUGCCUCGCCUUUGAAUUCAAUUACAGCCGAUAGCUUGCUUGCUGUAGGAGUAAUAAUUCAGAGGGCAAAGAUAUGGGUUCAUGGUCUAUAUGCAUGACCUUCUGCCUGAGAGUACUUGCACUCCAUUUUUCAUCAGCUUUCAUUUCGUUGGUCUUGUGUUCAUUUAUGGAGAGCCUUGCCCUUUGCUUGCUGAAUUAUUGUUGUGGACCCUUUUCUUUCAUUUGCAUACCCUUAAGGGCUAUAAGGGGGCUAGGAACCACCAUAGUUGUAAACAAUAUCCAUUUUUGGAUCUCUACAGGUUCGGUAAGAACAUCGAUUGGUCUGGUGUAAAACCGAACCAAAUUCGAAUGGGAUCGAAUGGAAAUAGUGGAAAAUUUGAGGACCUGAAUCAGAUCAAAAGCGAAAGUAAUUUCUUUUAUUAUAUUUGAGUCGGUUCCAUUGCAGUCUACUUUUCUUUUUAUACUUUAACAAGUAAGGAAAUCAAAACCGAAUCAAAUUAUAUUGGUUCUAAUGUGAUUCAAUUCAAAUAAUGGUCAGUAUGAUACAGUCUGGUAUGUAAUGGAAUUGUUGCCCAUCCAACCCCUAUUGGAACUAAAAAUUUGAAUUAAACUAUAUUCGAUCUAAUGUGAUUCAAUCCAAAUAUCAGCUCGCUACGAUUCAGUCUAGCAUGAACUGAAUCAUUAUCCAUCCAACCAUUCAAGUUAUUGAAACCAACUGGUACUGCACAAUGGUUAGAACUUAAAACGGUCUUAAGAGGCACAUUAAAUUCUGCGUUCUCAUUGAAAUUCAAGUAAGAGUUCAAAGUCACAUCUUACACGCGAUGCUAGAAGGGGUUGGCCUUGAGGGGGUACCGGCAGGCCAUCCAUCGCAGUCCUCCGGACCUCUACCAUUUAUAUUACUAAUUACUAUUAUGGACUUGUGGGUUUUGAUUAUGAAUUUAAAACGAUAGAAAAUUUACGAAUUUGGUUUUUGAUUAUGAGUCUAAAAAAUAAUAUUAAAAAAUUUAAGUCCGAAUACUAAAUGAACAAAUAGAUCACAUGAGGGGAAUACUUGCUUUCUUAUUAGACUUUGUUUUAUAGCAUAUGACAUAAUUCAUUCUUUGUUGUGUGUUUCCUAAAUAAAAUAAAAGUGGUAAGAUUGUUGAUGCUUUAUUAUUAACAUUCUUAAAUUUUUUUUUGUUUUAAAUGUUUUCAUUUUCAGCUUUUCAAGGGGGUGAAAGAUUAAUAUGCUUGUACUAGCAAAGGAGUAAUGCUAAAUGAAUUAAAUAAUAUGGAUUGAUUAUUAAACGCUAACCAAAAUAAUUAGGCACAAGCUACCAAUAGUAGAAAAGGAAAAAUAAAUAAAUAAAUCAAUUAUAAAAAUUUUGUACCUUGCUUAGCUUUAGAUUAAAAAUUUAUAAGUUUCUCUUAUCUAAUUUAGUUACUCUAUUAUUUAUUUAUACUAUUUGAUUCUUCUAAAAUUAUUUUCAUCUUCUACUCAAUUAAUUCUCAUGACGUAAGCCCCUUCGGGGACAUCCGAUAAAAAAAUAUUCUCAUGACAUAUUCACGUGAGUCUAGUUAGUUGAUUCAUUAUCUAUUUUAAUAUUAUUUGGAUUUUUUAAUUCAAUUUCUCAAAUAAUCAUUUUUUACUUAGAUCUUUCUGUUUAAACCAUUGUCACUCUUUAUCUUGAAUCAAAUUAGAUAGGUAUUAUUUUUAAAUAAUGUUAGGAUUUUUAUUUAUUGAUUGAUAGUUUGUUCAUAUUUUAUUAUAUUUUUAGAAAAAACAAUUUGGACCACAUUUUUUUUAAUAGAAAAGGGACUCCAAAAUCUCGGACCGGCCCUGAUGCUAGAGAUACAAAUUACCGGAAAAUAAUAAGUUUGAACCCUAUCCUUUUGGAUAAACUUUUGUUACGAAA